AUGACUAUUAAGUUGGUGGUGGGUGAGGGUACUUUAAAUAUCGUUAGCGCGUACGCACCACAAGAAGGCUUGGAUGAGGAUAUUAAAAGGCAAUUUUGGGAGAGGUUGGAUGAGAUUGUUCGUAGUAUACCGACUUCUGAGAGGUUAUUCAUAAGAGGAGAUUUCAAUGGUCAUAUUGGGUUAUCUGCAGGUGGGUACACUGAGGUGCAUGGUGGAUUUGGUUUCGGAGAGCGGAACGGAGGGGGCAUUGCACUGUUGGACUUUGCCAAGGCUUUCGAUCUAGUCAUUGCAAACUCGAAUUUUACGAAGUGGGAUGAACAUUUG